ACCAUCGAGACGUUGCUUGAAGCUCGAUGGUGAAGCGUGGAUAAGCGUGAGUGAAUACAUCGCAGCGUCAUAUCGGUCUGUGUCGAAAUUACGUUGACUGCUGUUGGCUGUGAUUGCCAGCUCGAUCACGAUCGUGGAUGAGCGUCUCGCACGCUUGGAAUGAGAUCGCCGUUGUCGCACAGUCUCACCGGGUUACGACAUCGUUGCAAAUGACGCAGGCUCCGCUACCAGGUUGCGGAAUUCCAUUCCGCUGGACACUCGUCUCUUCGAUUAGGAAAAAUGCUCUGUAAAAAAUAGGGGACAUGAGGAGUAACGCGACGGUCUUUCGUCGUUGAUCCGUCGCUAGGACAACGUAUUUUAGGAAAGGCGCACGACACCGAUGCUGGGUGCAUUCUACUUUCUUCACUACUCGAAAGAUCUAUGAAUACGAUCGACACGACGUAUUGUCUCGCGACAAGUCUCAAGCGAGGAUCGAGGAACCAUAACGGAUAUGUAACAAUAAGCUUUCCAUCAAGACUGCCAAUGUAAGACUGAAUUACUGAUGCAUGGCAUAAUUAUCUUUGAUGUCAAGUACGGUCAGCAUCAAUGGGAAACUGUUUUUCGUGCUUCAAGGUGCCACUUCCACCAUCGACCAGUACUGAUCACACGAUUGUAUUGGAGCACAAAGACGAUACCAUGGAACUCAGAGGUUUGUUUCCAAAUUCUUGCCAACAAUCCAGUUCUUUUGUGCCUGAAACACAUGCAAAUGGGAACAGAAAAUCCACAAGUAUGCUACCGACGUUUAAUAAUGUAGGUUCGGAUAAUUGCGGAUCUGUACCUAAUGUACAAAGUAAUCUGCGUUUAUCGCGAGGGUUCUAUGCGCGAUUACAGCCAUUAGGACGAUCCAAUACAUCAUCGGGUCUUAAUUUAAGUACCGAAACUAGGCAGCAAAGGGAACCAUCAGAGAGCAAACUAAACGCCCUUUUUGACCAAUACAAGGAUCCUCAUGAAGAUGUAAUACUAGCUGAUGGUAUAGAAAGACUCUGUAAUGAUUUACAAUUAUCACCCGAUGAAUUUAAAGUACUUGUGCUUGCAUGGAAGUUAAAUGCAGAGCAAAUGUGCCAAUUCACGCGCCAGGAGUUUGUCACGGGAUUAAAAACGAUGAAGGUCGACAGUAUACGUGGUAUACAGGCACGAUUGCCUGAGAUCGUUCAAGAAUUAACGAUCAAUAGUGAUUUGUUCAAGGAUCUCUAUCGAUUCACAUUCCGAUUUGGCCUCGAUGUGACAUCUGGUCAAAGAAUCUUACCAGUUGAUAUGGCAAUCGAUCUUUGGAGACUCGUCUUUACGAUACGUGAACCUCCGCUCUUAACGCGAUGGCUAAACUUUCUAGAAUGUCAUCAUAUCCGGGGAAUACCUAGGGACACUUGGAAUAUGUUUCUAAACUUUGCCGAGAGCAUCGGAGACGAUCUAGGUGCUUAUGAUGAUGCAGAAGCGUGGCCAAGCUUAUUUGAUGACUUUGUAGAGUAUGAAAACGACCAAAUGAACCAAAAUAUCACUAAAGAUGACAUUAUGAAAGAUACUUCUAUCGACAAAGCUUAAUAUUCUUAUUCUAAAACAAAUGACAGUGAGAAGCGAAAGGUAUUAUCUUAAAUCUUUCAACAGGUUCAUUUGACAUUAUCCUGCGAUCAACAGUUUAUUCUUAUCACUGAUCGAGGAAGCGAUAUUCCUAAUUAUUAUUGACAGCCUUUGUUUAGAUCUAUUUGUUAUUGCGUCAUUUUGUUUGUAUUCGGUAUUCUACUUCCUAAUGUAAAUAUAGCUGAUGAUUUUG